CGUCUAGAAAAAUUUACACAAUAUUUUAAGACGCACAUAAACUUCCUCUGUCACUACCCACUCCUCUCUCUGUCUCCGCCUUUCGCAUUGCAAGCGCUCUCUUUCUUUGCUUUCCCCCCUUUCUGGUUUCAACGCUGCAACUAUCCAUGGCAAACCACUGGCUCAGACCCGAGGUGUAUCCACUGUUCGCUGCGGUUGGUGCCGCUGUUGGGAUCUGUGGAUUCCAAUUGGUUCGUAAUAUCUGCAUCAACCCUGAAGUCAGGGUGAACAAGGAGGGAAGAAAGGCAGGAGUGUUGGAGAACUUUGCUGAGGGAGAGAAGUAUGCUGAGCAUUUCCUGAGGAAGUAUGUGCGCAACAGAACUCCUGAGAUUAUGCCCUCCAUCAACAGCUUCUUUGCUGACCCAAGUCGCAACUAAGUUGCUUUGAAUAAAUAAAGGUUUAUGUGAGAUAUGAAUUCUAUUAUGGUUAAAGACAGAUUGUAUCGUGCUUUUAGAAAACAAAAUGUGGUUGUUGCUUUCUCUGGCCGUGCAGUGUGUUUGCUGUGGUUGAGAAUAAUAAUACUGAUUUUAUUGCAUUAAUGAUUGCUGCUGUUUCAAUGCCAUAAUCCUGUCUAGCUUUUGCUGC